CUGGAGGACUACAAUACUUCAGACGAAAUAGCGACUUCACCACAAGAGACUGACACUAGUGCAGAAUAUGAGAACGUGACAAGUGACGGGAAACCAGCUCCAGGCUUCUCGCGUGGUGUGGUGCGCUUCAGAAGAGAUUACAUGAACACAGGACCCGCGCGAAAUUCAUGGUAUGACAGACUUCAGUUAAUUCGACCAUUUGCUAUGGAGUGGCUUCGAAACGCUUGGGGAAAUGUUGACGAGUUUGGCCGCCAAGUUUAUGACGUCAUGCAACGCGCACGACAUGUUUUUGUCCCAUACAACAAGUUGAGCAAUCUACAACAAGGUGAUUCAGCCGGAAGUGGAGUGGGGAAAGAUGAUAGUACUUAUAGUUCAAUGGAAAGACCUUCAGCAGCUAUAUUGCCCACAGAAAGCGAGAAUGCGUCGACAACAGAAAAUGUUUGA